AUGGCGACCUCCGCACCUGUAGACAUGACGCUGCAAGCGGAUGAGAGGUAUGAGAUUGCUGUCUCGUACGGUACAAUCAUUGGUACGGGUGCCUUUGCCAUUGUUGUUUGCAGCACGAAGCUCUACAUUCGCAAAUUUAUGCUGAAUUCUUUCGGAAUUGAUGACUGGGCAUGCCUGAUUGGAUUGUUAUUUGUCACGACAUUCAAUGGUAUUGGAUUGGCAGUGGUUUAUUAUGGCGCUGGAAAACAUAUCGAACAUGUUACGCCUGACGAACUUAAACAUUGGUUCAUGCUCUACUACGUUUGUAUAUGCCUUUACUUAUCGAUCUCUUUUGCCGUCAAAUCAAGUAUUCUUCUGUUUCUUCGACGAGUCUUCCCCGUCCCAUACGUCCAAUAUACUACUAUGGGUCUUUUAAUAUUCUUUACACUCUUUACUAUAUCUGGAACUUUCCUUGCUGCGUUCCAAUGCAACCCGCCCAAGUACACAUACGACAUUGUGUUUCUCAUGUCUCCCGAUCGGUCCAAAUUUUGCUUUCCAGCGAUGACUUCUUACGCUGUUUUCAUGUAUCAAGCAGUUCUAAUCUUCUGCUGCGAUAUCAUUAUGUUCUUGUUACCGUUUCCUGCUUUGAUGAGCGUGCAACUCAACAGCAGGAAGAGUCUUGCAUUGCUGGCGGUCUUUGGAAGCGGCGUCGUCGCCUGUAUCGCCCCUGCAAUCAGAUUCAAAAGCUUGAAUUUCUACAAAACAGGAAGUACUGAUACUACAUUUGAGGGUGCAUCAUCUCUGUACUGGAUGGCCAUUGAGUAUAACAUGGGCCUAGUCGCCGGCUCUCUUCCAGCACUUCGUCCUCUAUUCUCACGCCUCGGCGUCUUUGGUAGCAGCAAUGAUCCCUCCUCAGGAAAUCCGAAUCAAUUCUCACCGUCGUAUCAACUCGAUGAUCAGAACAGCAAACAAUGGGGGACUGGACGACGAACCCAGGGCAGCAAAAACAGAUUCCAAGGAGACAGUGUGCUGGAAGCAACAGUUAUAGACCGAGACAACUCGUCCCGGGAUAGUGAAGAUGCACGAAUCAUGAAGACCGAAGUCUUUACUGUGACUAGCGAAGCUCGAGAUGCAAAUUCGCGAGGCAACCAGCAGGCCUGGGGCCAAUUCGAAUAA